CCGCUCGACGCCCGGGGCCGCCCGCGGUCGCCGCCGCCUCCGUCGCCGCCGGCGGGUGGCGGCGGGCGGCGAUGGGCACGGCGGCCGUGCACCUCCUGCUGCUGCUCGGGCUGCUGCACGCCGGGCCCGGCGGAGAGGGCAGGAAGGGCUGGCGGCGGCGGGGCUCGGCGCCCCGGGAGCGCGGCGAGUCGGCGGAGAGCUUCCCGCUGGACUUCACGGCCGUAGAGGGCAACAUGGACAGCUUCAUGGCGCAGGUCAAGAGCCUGGCGCAGUCGCUGUACCCCUGCUCGGCGCAGGCGCUGCCGCACGAGCUGCGCCUGCACCUCCUGCACAACGCCUCGGUCACCUGCAACGACGGCAGCCCCGCCGGCUACUACCUCAAGGAGUCCAAGGGCAGCCGGCGGUGGCUGCUGUUCCUGGAAGGGGGGUGGUACUGCUUCAGCAGGGAGAACUGUGACACCCGGUACGGCGCCAUGCGGCGGCUGAUGAGCUCCAGGGAGUGGCCCGCCACCCGCGUGGGCACCGGGAUCCUGUCGUCACAGCCAGAAGAAAAUCCCCACUGGUGGAAUGCAAACAUGGUAUUCAUCCCAUAUUGCUCAAGUGAUGUUUGGAGUGGCGCCUCAUCCAAGUCCGAGAAAAACGAAUAUGCCUUCAUGGGAGCACUGAUAAUUCAGGAGGUUAUAAAGGAACUGGUGGGAAAAGGUCUUAGCACCGCCAAAGUGUUGCUGCUAGCAGGGAGCAGUGCCGGAGGGACAGGAGUGCUCCUGAAUGUGGAUCGAGUGGCAGAGCAGCUGGAGGAGAUGGGUUAUCAAGGGAUUCAGGUCCGAGGCUUGGCAGACUCCGGAUGGUUCCUGGAUAAUAAACAAUAUCGCAGAACUGACUGUAUUGAUACCAUAACGUGUGCUCCAACAGAAGCCAUCAGAAGGGGAAUAAGGUACUGGAAUGGUAUUGUUCCUGAACGCUGUAAGCUGCAGUUUAAAGAAGGAGAGGAAUGGAACUGCUUUUUUGGAUACAAGAUUUACCCCACUCUUCGAUGUCCAGUCUUUGUUGUGCAGUGGCUUUUUGAUGAGGCCCAGCUUACUGUAGACAACGUGCACCUCACCGGGCAGCCUGUUCAGGAGGGGCAGUGGCUCUACAUCCAGAAUCUGGGUAGGGAGCUGAGAAAUACCUUGAAGGAUGUGACCGCUAGCUUUGCUCCUGCCUGUUUGUCCCAUGAGAUCAUUACGCGCAAUCACUGGACAGACAUCCAGGUGAAGGGGACAUCACUACCCCGUGCGCUGCACUGCUGGGAUCGGAGCCUGCACGAGAGCAACAAAAAUGGGAAGGCGCCUCUGAAAGGCUGCCCAAUUCAUCUGAUCGACAGCUGCCCGUGGCCCCACUGCAACCCCUCGUGCCCCACCAUCAGGGACCAGUUCACAGGGCAGGAGAUGAACGUGAUCCAGUUCCUCAUGCACAUGGGUUUUGAUGUCCAGAAGAUGGCACAGCAACAGGGCCUGGAGCCCAGUAAACUUCUGGGAAUGCUCAGCAGUGGUAACUAGGAAGGGGUCUUCAGAGGGGCAGAGAGAUGAGAUCAGGAGGAGCCUCUCAGCCCUUCUCCCACACUUUCUAAUCUUCCUUACGCUCAUGCAGGCAGAUGCAUGCUCACACACACACACACUCAAACUUUUUCACACCCACGUGCUCCCACACUCCAGCCUACUUAGGAUGUGUCAAGAAAACAAAAAAAACAAAGUAGUUUCUUGCUUACAGAAUUUGACUGGAACUUGUUACCUCCAACCCCCAGGGUUCUGUUUUGGCCUUUUGUGUCCUCUCCCUGUGUUCCACAAAGCAAUCUGAUACAGGGAGUAGCAAAGCCAUAAAUAGCAGCAAUGAGAACCUUCCCCACAUAUUGGACUUCUUCCCUUGCCAUGAAUUUUACAUCAUAGACUCUAUACAAGUGGUGAAAAAAGCAAGCACUGGAUUUCUUUUGUCCAACUAGAAGUGAAGGAAUGAUGACAGGACUUCUUGGAGGUCAGCGUCUCAUGAGGAGUCACAGCGUACAAACCCAGGACACGUGCUAGGGAUGGACACUCUUGUACUCAAUUUACUUUCAUAUUAUUUUAUAAAAAUGACUUUUUUUAUUACUUUUUUAAACUAAGCAAGAAAUAUAAAUGAUAUUGUUUUGUAACAUAUUUUUUUUAAAUAACGGAGAAACCUCUUGCUACUUCAGCAACGUGGACAUAUUUAUUUUAAUAUGUAAAACGCUAUUUAUAAGGGCUCACCAGAGAACCAUACAUAUGUCUUUGUAAAGUUGUAUAUGCUGCUCGUUUGGAUGGGUUAACCUUAUGAUCACUUGUGCCUGGGAGAGGGCUGAGGGUGGUAUUGACAAUUUGUAAUAAUUAGACUUCUGCGUUCCCCUUGCAGUAUGCUUUGUCGUUGUUUCUCGGAUGAAGGGGUUGUAACGUCAGGUCCAAGUACAGACAUUUUCACCCAGCGUCUGGUGUUUGCAUACUCGCACGGCAGUUUCAGCUGGACUGAGAUUUGCCAGGCUUCCCAGCGCGUUACGUUUUAAAAUGCAGGGAGAUCUGGUUUUGCAGCAAAGGGCUUGAUUCUAACAAGAGAAAUGUUUGAUGGGACCGUCUGGCCUGUCUUAAAACAGGGAGCGUUUGGAACAUAAAAGGCAGAGAAUACAAGACAAGCACCAGAAUAUUUCUGUUGUAGUCAUUUGCGAACACACCCACCGGAGGAGGUGCAGAAUCCUCUUUGAUGGUAACAGGAGGAGAACAAGGGCGCGACAGGGAAUGUGUGACAACCUGGAAAGUGCAAGAGACCAUUCCUUAGCAGGGGAAGCACAUGGCAGUUGCAGAAAAGCUUCUCAGUGUCACCUGCUGCAGCUGGUGCUGAGAAACCUGCAGAAGGAGCACAAUAUACAUCCAGAAGCUCUUGCUGGUGCCUUUGCAUUUGCUUGCGCUUGAGUAAAAUGUGUAGGUCACAGAGAAAUUCCAUGCGCUUCCAAGACCAGUCUCAGUGUUAUUUGUAAGAUCCAUUGUCCUAGGUGAGUAAAAUCAAGAACUAAGGAAACUGCAGCCACCCAGUUACUCUUCAUAGCCUUCAGCAAACAGGCGGUGCUAUGUAGGAGAUCGGCUGUGCUGCUGGGCAGGAUGGGUUUGGUGCAUAGCUGAGAUAGAAAAGGAACUAAAGAGAAAAUGAGUGGUGCUCCCAGCAGAGCUGGAACACGGCUAAACAGCCAGUGGAGUUUCCUAAUGCUCGGUGUAGGGAUUGCUGAUAGCCCUCAUGUUUUAAUUAAUUAUUCUGAUUACAAUUUUUAUGCCAUUAAGUUAAGAGGCUUCUUCAGUACAGAAAACAUUUGGAAAAGCAUGCGGGAAGAUGUGAUUCCUUUGGGGGCUGGAGUCAUGUGGAGGCAAUCAGAGCAGUAGCCUGGAUUUCUGCUUGGGGUUGUUCAUCACUUGGGAGCACCAAGGGAAACUGCUGUGCCUAUCAGUUGUUUGCAGGAUAACUAUAUGCCAGAUGCUGCUGCUGUAGAUACAGCAAGAGCCCUAGGCUGUGUCCAGCAAUGCAUUUCUGCUAGGAAGCAUUAAAGGACAAAUGCCACUGCAAAGUUUGGAAUACUUUUUGCAGAGCUGCUUACCUGUAUAUCCUAAUAUCCUGCUUGGAGGAAGAAGGACAACUGUGAUUUCAGCUGUGUUUAGGUGCAAGAGAGCAUCACUGAGGGACUGCAGAGACUGCACGG